AGGCGCGGCGCAGUGUGUCUGGUUCUGAGUGAUUGCGAUCAUGUCUGGCAGGGGCAAGGGCGGCAAGGGGCUCGGCAAGGGAGGCGCCAAGCGGCACCGCAAGGUGCUCCGCGACAACAUCCAGGGCAUCACCAAGCCGGCCAUCCGCCGCCUGGCUCGGCGCGGCGGCGUCAAGCGCAUCUCGGGGCUCAUCUACGAGGAGACGCGCGGCGUGCUCAAGGUGUUCCUGGAGAACGUGAUCCGCGACGCCGUCACCUACACGGAGCACGCCAAGAGAAAGACGGUCACCGCCAUGGACGUGGUCUACGCCCUCAAGCGCCAGGGCCGCACUCUCUACGGCUUCGGCGAAAAGGGAGCGCGGCAUCACCCGCGGAGGGACGGCGGGAGAGGGAGAAGUAAGGGCGGGAGGGCGGGAAGGAAGGGAUGUUGGGAGGGGGCGGUGCGGAGCGGGAAGCUGCAGCAGCGGCUCCCACCCGUCCCCAUCCUCCCCCCGCUUCCCCCAGCGCGCGGGAUUUUCAAACUGUGCCCCGUGGCCAAUGGCAGCCGUCCCUUGGCGCUGGCCAAUCACAGCGCGCUGCUGCCCAUAAAUAGCGGCUCCGUGGCCGCUGCUCGCGCAGUGUUCUCCCACUCAGCGGCCGCGGUUCUUGUGCGGGACAUGGCACGUACGAAGCAGACGGCGCGUAAGUCGACGGGCGGGAAGGCGCCCCGCAAGCAGCUGGCCACCAAGGCUGCCCGCAAGAGCGCGCCGGCCACGGGCGGCGUCAAGAAGCCGCACCGCUACCGGCCCGGCACGGUGGCGCUGCGCGAGAUCCGGCGCUACCAGAAGUCCACGGAGCUGCUGAUCCGCAAGCUGCCCUUCCAGCGCCUGGUGCGCGAGAUCGCGCAGGACUUCAAGACGGACCUGCGCUUCCAGAGCUCGGCCGUCAUGGCGCUGCAGGAGGCCAGCGAGGCUUACCUGGUGGGGCUCUUCGAGGACACCAACCUAGCUGUCGUGAGCGCUGCAAUGUCUGGUAGGGGCAAGGGCGGUAAGGGGCUCGGCAAGGGAGGCGCCAAGCGGCACCGCAAGGUGCUGCGCGACAACAUCCAGGGCAUCACCAAGCCGGCCAUCCGCCGCCUGGCUCGGCGCGGCGGCGUCAAGCGCAUCUCGGGGCUCAUCUACGAGGAGACGCGCGGCGUGCUCAAGGUGUUCCUGGAGAACGUGAUCCGCGACGCCGUCACCUACACGGAGCACGCCAAGAGGAAGACGGUCACCGCCAUGGACGUGGUCUACGCCCUCAAGCGCCAGGGCCGCACUCUGUACGGCUUCGGCGGCUAAACUGAAACCCUUAAAGUUUACACUGUUUUAAGCACCAAGGCUCUUUUCAGAGCCACAUAAACAUUUCACUACAAGAGCUUGUAAUUGCUAAAGCUAGUAACGCAGAGAACAAGUAACCUCGACUUGCUCAAUGUUUUUUACUUUGAACGAGGUACUUAUAUUU